UCUUUUGUGGCAAUUUUGUUCGGGUUUGCCUCCAAAAAGUGCUAUACCGACUGGCCUAAAAAUGUAUGUACUAAAUCAACUUGUUAAAUUUUGAAUACUCUACGAAAAAAAGUAUAAUGUUCAUAUUUUGCCUAGAUUUGAAAUUGAAGGCGCAAAAGUACGUAUUAUAAAAACACCAAGAGAUGAGCACAUGUAUCCCCUCAUAUGUAUUUGAACCAGUAAGUAAGAUCAACCCCAUAAAAUAAAUGAAAUAAAACACGCUUCAUAUUCUCGAAGAAGUACAUAGUAAAAACUUUUUUUCUUGAAAUUAUUAAUCAAGUUGAAAAGGUAGGUAAGGUAUCCAUUUCGUUGAAGAGUAGGCGAACGAAAACUAAAAAUUCUAAAAUUACAAAACACUUGUUUUUUGCUAUUAGAAUUGACUAAUGCUCUUCAAAAAUUUCAACUUCAAAGCAACAUUCGUAAUCGCUCACGUUUUAUAACAACUUCACAUGGUGCGCCAAUCGUAUCCAAAUUUUGAGAAGAUCCCUACCAUAAACAAAAAGCGGUAAAAUGCAUCUUAAAAUAAUUAUUUUGCUCUCGGUUGUUGUUUUAUUCAAUGAGUCGUAUUGUCGAAAUGGUGUAAUUAAAUAUGGAAUCAAACAUUAUACGAAUACUUGGUUGGUAAAAAUUUCUGGAGGAAAUAAAACCAGCGAAAUAGCUAAAGUUAUAGCCGAGAAGGAAAACUUUACAAUAUUGGAAGAGAUUGAAAAUUUUCCGGGAUUAUUUCUUUUUCAACAUAAUAAACAUCCAAAGAAAGUUAAAUAUGAAACUGAUAUCAUGAAUUUGAAACUAUACAUGCACAAAGAAAUACUUUGGACGCAACAAAUUACAGUCACAAGUUCGAAAGUUCGAUGCUCUUGUCCCAAACAAAUAGAAAAUCCAAUGUGUUCUCUAAAAAAACCAGUGAACGAUCGAUUGUAUGAAGACAUGUACUACAUGCACGACUGUAGAGCACCGAAUGCCAAACAACCGAUUGCAGAUCUAAAUGUUGUCAGUGUUUGGGAAUCAAUGGGUAUUUACGGGAAAGGUGUCUUCGUUAUGGUGAUUGACGACGGAGUGGAAACUAAGCAUCCAGAUCUGAAUCAUAAUUAUGUUGCACAACUUGGCAAAGAUUUAAUCGACGGCAAUGCGACUCCGGAUCCCGAACAUUUAUUGGGAACGUAUUUCAGGCACGGAACCGAAUGUGCUGGAAUUAUUGCAGCCAAAGGCGAUAAUGAAAUUUGUGGAGUCGGGAUAGCUCCACACGUCAAAUGGGGAGCUGUUCGCUUACAUGGUUUUGGUAACAGUUCCGAUGAUCAGGAAGGUAAAGCUUUAUCGCACAGAGUCGAAUACGUUCACAUCAGCAAUAAUUCUUGGGGUCCUGACGACGAUGGAAAAACAUUGGAAUAUUUGAAACAUUUUCAAAGAAGCGCUUUCAGAGAAGGCAUUGUGAAGGGACGUCAGGGUAGAGGAACUUUAUAUGUGUUUGCUGCUGGUAAUGGUAGACAAAAUGGAGACAUGUGUGGAUACGAUUCGAUGGCUAAUAAUAUUUAUACUAUUGUCGUGGCUGGAAUGGGAGAUGAUGGAAAAGCAACGUAUUAUUCGGAAAGAUGUAGCGCCGUGAUGAUUACUUCUUAUAGCGAAAAUUUUGUUACAACAGACAUUAAUGGAAAAUGCACCAAGUCUUUCACAGGCACUUCUGCAGCUGCACCAGCAGUCUCUGGAGUGCUUGCACUAGCAGUAGAGGCAAAUCCCAAGUUGUACUGGCGUGAUUUUCACCAUAUCUUAAUUUGGACAGGCAACGUAUACCCAUUGGAAAAUAAUCCUGGAUGGAGAAGGAAUGCUGCUGGAUUAUGGUUGAAUCACACAUUUGGAUUCGGAUUAGCUAACGCAGGAGAGAUAGUCAAAAUGGCACAAAAAUUUGAAAGCGUUCCUCCAAUGUCAGGUUGUGUAAUACCGAUCCGAUUCAAGAACAAUGCCAAUCAGAAAUUUUCUCGUUCAUCAAUAAUCAACGUAUCAGUGAGAACUAGAGGUUGCGAAGGAUUACCAAUGGAAAUCAAGUACAUAGAAAACGUAGAGUUAUCGGUCAAUAUUGAAUACCCGAGACGAGGAGAUCUUAAAAUAGAUCUCAUAUCCCCACAAGGUACAUUAUCGCAUUUAAUAGAGCCUCGAAAAUUAGACGCAAAUCCAGAUGGCUUGCUCGACUGGACUAUUGAUACGGUUCAUUUUUGGGGCGAGAGUCCCGCGGGCCAAUGGCACAUAAACGUCUAUAAUCCAACAGGCCACAGUAGUGCGGAAGGAAAAGUUUUAGAUUUAACACUCAUUAUUUAUGGAACAAAAAAUAUGCCGAAGCAUUAUAAGACUCCCAGGUCGUAUCCCAACUUCAAUCCACCACAAACUAUUGAUGAUCCAUUAGAAGUUGUAGAUGAUGAAUACGAAGAUGUCGAAGAAAGGACGUGAUCAUGAUAUUAUUUCAUAACUUUAAAAUACCUGUAACUUCAUCAAAUGAAUAUUUCAAUAAA